AUCAGCUCCUAAUGUGGGGCCAACAACUUUGUGGGUUCCCACGACCCCAUCAUUUAACAUGACUCAUGGAAUGCCUGGAACUCCUGGUCCCCCUGGAACAACCCACUCAGUGCAAAUGUCCUUUAAUCCAAAUGCACGAUCUGCUCCGGUCGAUUCUUCUUCUAUAGCAUUUAGACCUAGCUUGCAAACACUUCCUAUUGCAUCAUCUGCUGCCAACCCCCAUGGAGUCUGGUUGCAGUCCCCACAGAUGGAAGGCAUACCUAGGUCACCAUUUCAGCCACAUCCUGCUGCUUUUCCUGGUCCGUUUUCUUUGCCUACACAUGUUAUGCCUCCCCCUUCUGGUAUUGUUGACAGGAAACAUGCCCAUGAGGCAGGCAACCAACAUAUAGCUGCUUUCAAUCAACACUUGGAUGCUUGGACUGCCCACAAGACAGAGACAGGAGUUGUAUACUAUUAUAAUGCUGUGACUGGUGAAUCAACUUAUGACAAGCCUCCUGGAUUUAAGGAGGAGCCGGAAAAGGUCUCUUUGCAGCCAGUUCCAGUUUCAACGGUGAAUUUGUCGGGAACUGAUUGGGUAUUGGUUACAACAAGUGAUGGGAAAAAGUUUUACCAUAAUAGCAAAACCAAGGUUAGUAGCUGGCAGAUCCCAAAUGAAGUGAUAGAAAUGAGAAAGAAGCAGGAUGGUGAUACACCAAAAGAACAUCCAGUGUCAGUGCCAAAUAAUAGUCAAAUGGUUGAAAAAGAAUCUUCUCCAAUUAGUUUAAAUGCUCCGGCUAUUAGCACCGGUGGUCGUGAGGCCAUGGCUUACAAGGCAUCAACCGUGCAAGGUUCAACAUCUGCACUCGACCUGAUCAAAAAGAAGUUGCAGGAUUCUGGAGCUCCUGUUACUUCAUCACCAGUUUCAGGACCUUCAGAAUUAAAUGGCUCAAGAGGAGUUGAAAGCACACCUAAGGUCCACCAGAGUGAGAAUAGCAAGGAUAAGCUACAUGACACUAAUGGGGAUGGUAACAUGUCUGACUCCUCAUCAGAUUCAGAGGAUGCAGAUAGCGGGCCAACAAAAGAGGAGGGUAUUAUUCAAUUCAAGGAGAUGCUCAAAGAACGGGGAGUGGCACCAUUUUCAAAGUGGGAGAAGGAACUGCCAAAGAUAGUGUUUGAUCCACGAUUUAAGGCAAUUCCAAGUUAUUCAAGGAGAGCCUUGUUUGAGCACUAUGUUAAGACACGUGCAGAGGAGGAACGCAAGGAGAAACGAGCAGCUCAGAAGGCUGCAAUAGAGGCAUUUAAGCAGUUACUGGAUGAAGCAGCAGAGGAUAUUGAUGAUGCCACUGAUUACCACAGUUUCAGAAAGAAAUGGGGCAAUGAUCCACGCUUUGAGAAUUUGGAUCGCAAGGAUCGAGAGCAUUUGUUGAAUGAAAGAGUCCUUCCAUUGAAGAAAGCUGCUGAAGAAAAGGCUGAAGCAGCACGUGCUGCUGCUGCAACUAGUUUUAGAUGCAUGCUUCAAGAAAAAGGAGAUAUUACAGUUAAUUCCCGUUGGUCCAGGGUGAAAGAUAGUUUGCGGAAUGACCCAAGGUACAAAUCUGUUAAACAUGAGGAUAGGGAAGUUUUAUUCAACAAGUACUUAUCAGAUCUCAAAGCUGUGGAAGAGGAAGCAGAACGAGAGGCAAAAACUAAAAGGGAUGAGCAGGAUAAAUUAAGGGAAAGAGAGCGAGAACUACGCAAGCGGAAGGAAAGAGAAGAACAAGAAACGGAGAGGGUGAAACUGAAAGUUCGCAGGAAAGAGGCAGUGUCAUCUUUUCAAGCUUUACUUGUGGAAACAAUCAAAGAUCCUCAGGCAUCUUGGACAGAAACUAAGCCUAAGUUGGAGAAGGACCCGCAAAGGCGUGCAGCCAACUCUGAUCUAAGUUCAUCUGAUAUGGAAAAACUCUUCCGGGAACACGUAAAGAUGCUAAAUGAGCGAUGUACACAUGAGUUUAGAGCUCUGCUGGCUGAAGUGUUGACUACAGAAGCAGCCUCCCAAGAGACAGAGGAUGGAAAAACAGUGCUCAACUCAUGGUCAACUGCUAAACGUGUACUAAAGUCUGAUCCCAGAUAUAACAAGAUGCCACGAAAAGAUAGGGAAGUCGUGUGGCACCGAUACGCCGAGGAGAUGCUGCGUAAGCAAAAGUCAUCACUUGAUCCUAGGGAAGACAGGAAAUCAGAUGCUAAAAGCAGAAGCUCUGCCGAUGCUGGAAGGGCCACCUCCGGAUCAAGGGGUGCCCAUGACCGUAGGUGAUCUUUUGCAUAUUACUUAGUCAGUAGUUAUGUUUUUUUGUAUUAUUUCUUUCUUUUUUGCCUGAUUACAACUUGAGGGCACAAACUUACACUUGUGGAGUGCUGUAUUAUAUAUCACAUAAUUUAUAGGAGGAGUAAGCUGAGUUGAGUUUACUAGCUAACUAUUAUGGUUUGGUCAUAGCUUGAAACCGGACACUACGACGUCGGCUAACGUUUGAAGACUGUAAACACUUGAUCUAAUGCUCUUGAAUCA